AUGAGACUGAGUGCUUCUGCCGUCGGAACCUUUUUGGUACUUGCCGCGACUUCUACAUUUCAAUCCGCCCAAGCAUUUACUGCCGUGAGAGGACCUUUGUCGACUGCUGCUACUACAAGUUCUGCUCCAAGUUCUCCCUUUUUGCCCACUUUCUCGAGGGUUCGACAACAAGCCAGUUCCAGUUCUUCUUCGACGACCAGCUUGAGUAUGUCGUUCAGUGUGGGAAUUGUCGGCGCCACGGGAGCCGUGGGCAAGGAAAUUCGUCAAUGCCUGGAAAAGCGAGAGUUCCCAGUCUCCCAGUUGCGCAUUUUUGGAUCGGAACGAUCGGCGGGCAAGACCAUGCCCACCGAAAAAUAUGGAGAUAUUGAAGUGGAACUCUUUGAUGUGGCCAAGGCACGAGAAUGCGAUGUCGUCUUUCUGGCCGUCAGUGGAGACUUUGCGCUCGAACAUGCAGAAGCCAUUUGUAAAGGAGAUGAUGGAGCCGUCGUCAUUGAUAACUCGUCUGCCUUUCGUUACAAACCCGAGAUCCCCUUGGUAGUACCGGAAAUCAAUGGAAAAGAAACCAAGAAAUCCAAAUUGAUUGCCAACCCCAACUGUACCACCGCCAUUGGUCUCAUGGCGAUCUGGCCUCUUAUUCAGAAAUUUGGUUGCAAACGUGUCAUUAUGAGUACCUACCAAGCUGCAUCGGGAGCUGGACAACCCGGAAUGGACGAACUCCAGGAUGGAACCAGAGUCUACCUCGAAGGAGGAACGCCGGAAAAUUCCAUCUUUGCCUAUCCACUCCCCUUUAAUGUCAUUCCACAAAUUGACAAAUUCCAAGAGAACGGAUACACCAAGGAAGAAAUGAAAGUCACUUGGGAAACACGCAAGAUUUGUGGAUUGGCGGAUGAUUUCCCCGUGAGUUGUUCCGCCGUACGUAUUCCCACCAUUCGGGCUCAUUCCGAAGUCAUCAUUAUGGAAACCGAAAAACCGGUAGAUAUCAAGGAAGCUCAAAAGGUACUCGACGAGGCACCCGGUGUCAAAUUGGUCGACAAUCCCGACGAACUCGCCUAUCCCAUGCCCAUUACGGCCACCGGACAGUACGAUGUCGAAGUCGGACGAUUGCGCAAAUCACUCGUCUUUGGUGAUUAUGGAAUCGAAUUCUUUGUCAGUGGUGAUCAACUGUUGCGUGGUGCCGCUCUCAAUGCCGUCUUGGUCGGGGAAGAAAUGGUCAGCAAUGGUUCCAUCAAGGAAAAGGCAACCGCCUAA